AUGUCACAACAUCAAGAUACAUUUGCUUCUAAAAAUACUAAGUUCACUCCAAAAUUUAGUGUUCCUCCCAUGGGCGUCCCUAAUGAUGAGAUUCUAGAUGUUGCUCCUCUCUCUGUUAUUCCCUCCGUAAACAUUGAUUUGAACCAACCCAUCUCCAUUGAUGCCUCCGCUUCUGCAUAUUCUAAUCAAGGUAAUCCCUCUAGUAUUUCGGGGGUUUCUACUCCCCUUGCUCAAAUGUAUCCCCCUCCUGAGGUUAAACAACCUAGUGGUAAGGGUGAUGAUUCCUCCAGUUCUGAAAAGGCAGUGGCUGCUGAAGGGUUGUGCUCUCUAGGGAAAACCGUGACUGACAAAGGGAAAUAUGUGGCCUCUAACACGGCUAAUGCUUCCCACUCUGAGAAGCAUGAUAAUAAAAAUGUUGUGAUUGAUCUAGAGGAUGGUAGCUCUGAUGAUCAAGAGGAAAGCUUGAUUCAUCACAUAAAGCCAAGUGUGGCUAAACGCAUGAAGACUCGCAAAGGAAAAUGUGUGGCUGAACUUAUGUCAGCUAGAAAAGCUAAGAAGACUGUUGUCAUUGGUCCCUCCAAACUAUGGAGCAACGUUGAAAUAAAGAAGAGGAAGGUCAGAGAUGAUUCUGAGCCUAAAGAGGAUGUUGAGGAAGAUGUCCCUGACAUCUCGCAUGCGAAGAAAACUACUAUUAGGAAGUCUCCUAUUAAAGUACAUGUUAUUCAUUUGGAUAACAUCUCCUUCCAUCUUGAGGAUGGAGCUGCUAAGUGGAAAUUUGUGAUUCAGAGAAAGGUAGCUGUGGAAAGGGAAUUUGGAAAAGAUGUUGUUGAUGUCAAGGACGUCAUGGACCUGAUACAAGUUGUUGAGCUUUUGAAGACUGUUGUUGGGUUCUCUCAAUGCUACGAAGGUUUAGUCAAGGAAUUUAUUGUUAAUAUUCUUGAGGAUAUUUCUGAUAAGAAAAGCAAAGAGUUCUGCAAGGUGUAUGUGAGAGGCAGAAAUAAUGAGGGUGCAGGAGAAUUAGAGGUUACAGACAAUCAGCAUCUUCCUGCUGGGAAGUUGACUAUCAAGUAUCAUAUCCUGCAUAAAAUAGGAGUUGCUAACGGGGUCGCUACCAACCAUAUCUCCACCAUUGCUAAUACUCUUGGGAGGUUUAUUUUUGCUGUUGGGACAAAAGUGAAAUUUGACUAUGGUAGAUAUAUGUUUGAUCAAAUCAUCAAGCAUAUAACUACUAACGCAGUUAAGCUGCCAAUUGCUUUUCCCUCUAUGAUCUGUGGAAUUAUCUUGAAUCAACAUCCUGGUAUUCUGUGCUCAAAUGAUUUACCUAGUAGGAGAAAACCAGCUCUGUCUGUGCACUACAAACUCUUUGAAGGGAGUCAUAUCGAGGACAUUGUCAUGACAUCUUCCAUGAGGAGGCCAGUGUCAAAAGUUGGAGCAAUUGUUGAGCUUAAGGAGACAUGCAAAGAGCUAGGUGAAGGGAUUAGGGUAGCCACAACUAGAAAAUAA